AUGCAUGAUGUUGCAAAAAUUUAUGAUCAUGGUAAAACGUUUUUGACUUUUAAUGAAGAAAAAGAAAAUUUAUCAAAACAAAUUUUGCAAAUUAAAGAUGAAUAUAAUGAUUUAAUUAAAGAGAAGGAUAAAACAAUUGCAGAAUUUAAGGAAUCAAUAGCAAUAGUUAAGCUUAAUAAUAUCAGUCUAACAAAUAACAAUAAUGAUCUAAAUUCAAAAAUGUCAGAAAAAGAUGCUGCAAAUGAUAAAUUAAGAAAAGAAACAAUUGAAUAUCAAAAUCUUUAUUCAACGCUAGUAGCUAAAUAUAAUGAUUUAGUUCAAGAAUAUAAUAACUCAAAAGAAAAGCUACUGUCACAAAUAGCUAUAAAUGAAGGAUUAUAUGAAAAACAAAAUAAUCAUUAUGUCAGUCAGUUGAACAGAUUAAAAAAACAUAAUUCAGAAUUACAACUUCAACAUGAUCAUCUUUCUGAAUUGCAAGAUAAAAUUCAGAGUUAUAUUACAAAUUUAAGAACUACAAUUGCAGAGCUUGAUUAUAACAAUAUAGAUAAUCUUUUAAUAAAAUAUAAUUAUGUAACUGGAGCCAAAGAAAUACAAAGGAACAAACCAUUGGUUAAGGCUUUAUUGCAAAGAGCAGUUUUUGACAAGUUGAUUGAAUUAUUGAAAGAUUUUGGAAUAGGAUACAAUGAUAAUAAUAACAAUAAAGAACAUGGAUUUAUUAAAUUUAAUAAACAAUUGCUUGAUCAACAUAUAAGUCAAUAUAGAAAAAUUAUAGAUCAACGAAAACAAAUUGAACUUGCUACAUUAUCAGGUGAAAUUAUAAGAGAUUUUGUAAAAAUAUUUCAUUUCACACUUUUGGAAGAUUUAGAUGAUCUUGAAAUUUGUUGGAUUCUUAAUGGAUCAGCAAUUGAUUCAGAAUUUAUGGAGGGUCAAUGGGAUUACAACAACAUUGAUAAUUAUGUGAUAGAAAUUUGUAGGUUUCCAUUAAUUAGAUCUUCUAAGAAAAUAUAUUCACUUGCAAAAGUAUUUGCUGACAAACUUGAUAAUUCCAAUGCAACAAUUGAAUCCCAUACAACAACAUAUGAAGUUAUAAAGUGGAAGGAAAAUGCUGAAUCAAGAUGGACAACUGAAACAAGACGGGGAGUUGAAACAGUAACCGAAGCAUAUGGCUGGGAUUAUGAUCCAUCUGGUGGUUGGAGGUAA